AUGCCCGGAACGGUUUGCUACAACCAGCACACCGUGGAUGCAACCAACGUCGGCUUUUCCGACAUCAAAUGCGACCGAUGCAAGAUCGUCAAGAAGGUCACGGCUUUCGCUAAGAACCGCCUCCCUCAGCUCCAAGAUGCCGCAAAGCGCCCUGGGUUCAACUCGACCAAGACCGCAGUCAUCACAUGCAUGGAAUGCACCCCGCGCUCGCGCACCGAAUUGACUUGCUAUAUGUGCGACAAGACGAAGAGUCUCGACAAGUUUCCCAACACCCAGCGUCGCACCCCUGACGAGGCGAUGUGCUGGACAUGCAAGAACGAGCGCGCCAACUUCGAGCCUGGCGCCGCGGAUUCUGACAUGUCCUCCGGCGGCAACAGCGACACUGACGACGACAGCGGCGAAGAAUACACUUUGGAGAAUGUCAUUGACAAGACGGCCUCAGUGUCUCUCAGCAACGGCACAGCGGCCACGUACUCGUCUCGCAGCACCGGGGGCGUCCAGGUCAAUGGCAGCAGCAUCGCCAACACCAGCACCCGCGCUUCGAGCACCAUUGGCACCAGCGUCACCGCAUCUACUUCUCUUACUCCUCCAGCCGUCUUCGACCGCAACGGAUAUGGCAACCCGGGUGCUAAGAAGGGCCCUGCUUCUGUAGCGAGCUCCGGCGCUGGGGCUGCUGACCCGAAGAAGUUUGCCAAGGUGAAGGCAAGCAAGAAUCGCAGCCGUAUCUUCUACGAUUUCGCAGACGACGAGCGUCAGCAGAAGGCUGUGGGCAACGAGGAAGAGGAUCUCGAGGCCGCUAGCUCUGACGAGGACUAA